AUGAACAGAAGUAAUGCUGAUAUUAGGGAAAGUGAGACGCAAGCAAAAACAGUAUCAAAUCGGAUUACAAAUGUGGAAAAACAGUUUGGCUUUCUGUGCGAGGGGUUUGCAGGGUAUGCCAGAAAAUCCGCCCGGUUAAGAGAUAAAGGUGAUGAACUAUCAAAAGCCUUAGUAACAUAUACAGAUACAGAAAGUCUAAAUCACACAUAUAAAAUGGGAAUUACAAAAUUUGCGGAAAAUUUAGCAGCAGUACAAGAUUACAGACAAGCAGAGAUACAAAGAUUAGAAGCACGAGUAAUCACACCUUUAAUGGAUUAUGGCACAGCUUGUAAACACGCGAGAGAUGAUCUGAAGUCAGCAUUUGCAGCCCAAAACAAAGAGCGACGGCAAAAAAAGACAUUAGAUAAAACAAUUGAUAAAAACCCGAGUGAUCGGAGAGAAAUUGCUGAGAGAGAUUUACAACGGGCAGGUGUAGAAUCGGCACGAACAUCAAAAGCUCUAGAAGAACAAAUGGACACAUUUGAAAGAAAGAAAUUAAAAGAUAUAAAGAAAAUUUUGAAUGAUUUUGUAACUGUGGAGAUGGCAUUCCAUGCAAAAGCAUUAGAAAUGCUCACAUCAUCAUAUCAGAGCCUCAAUAUAUUGAAUGAGGAUGAGGACUUAGAAGAGUUCAGAAAUUCCCUCCGCCCAAGUGCAUCAUCGGCACGCUUGAACAAUAUGAAGCGAACAGGCUCGCGGACGUCGCUUAACUCUGCAGGACUAACGACGACGAAAUCCACGCCGCCAACCACUCCGCGGCGAAAACCUCCAGCGAAGCCAAAAGCAAAGCCAUCCUCGAAAUCCACACCAAAUCACUACGGAAACCAUGUGAGUUUUAACCAUCAUGAUGAUGAAUCUGACGAAGAAGAAGAUGAUGAAGACGAAGAUGACGAAGAUGAUGACGACAACGAUGACUACGAGGAAAACAACAGAGGAAAAGUGAACGGUUCGUCACGACACUACAAUGGCUAUCGGAGAUAAAGGACGUUGCAGCUAUGCGUUGUGGAAUUUAGAAGUUGUGGGGUAUUCUCUUAUCUCAGGAAAUGUCACUAUGGGUACUGCAACAAUACUGACAUCAAUUGUGAGUGUUAUCUCAAAUAUUCCAGCCCAUGUUAUUAUGCUAAGGUGCAACUGCAACAAGACAUGAACGUGAUUUUGUUUUAAACUUCUAACGUAUUUUGUUUGAUGUUGAGGAGUUGUGAGAAAGUGGACACCAGACAAUGUUUUCUUGAGGGUAUUAUCACUUGUAUAUGAACUGUUUUAUGCCUGGACUUGAAGGUUUCUUUGUCAGUUUCUGUUCAGUUCAAAUUCAUUUUUUGCAUGAUUAAGUUAAAAAUGGAUAUUCUGAGACUGGUCCAACUAAAUUUCAGAGUUUAUUCUGUGAUUUCUCUGAAAGCUUCAAAUAUUGGUUCCGAUUAAUCAGUUUGCCAAUGUUCUUCUGAUAAAAUUGUGCUGUCAUCAUUCUUACAAGUGGUAAUUGGGUAACGUAUAAUGAUGAUAUAUGUAAAAUCUGUUUUGGUAUUUGAGCAAGAUUAGGAGACAUAUCAGGGUAUAAUAAAGAAACUUGUUUGCCAAAAGUGUGUGAAGUUUCAAAGGUACAACCAAUGUUCAAUUGUGCUCCACCUAUCUUUUGUUUAUGUCUCAAACUGUACUUAAAUUUGAAAAGUAAGAAAAGAAUCCCUCCUCCAAUGUCAAUGUAAGGUUCUGUAAGCGUGUCCAUGUCAACUUCAUUGAAGGACCCCUGUAGGAUUACCUGUGAUUUAUGAGAUCAGUAUUUGAUUUAGCAAUAGUGUUAUUUCUAUUUAAUGUUGAUUCGCCGAGGAGAAGAGUGUAAGAUAUUCAACGGUCAAUUUUAUAUUAUUUUGUACUCUUGAGGUGAAAUACGUUUAGAUUAAAUUAUCUGUAUUGACAUGUUUAGGUGUCGUUCUUGUAGCUGGAUGACUCCUGUGUAUUAUUUAUUUAUUUGGCUGAGCGUUCUGUUCAAAAUUGAAACUCGGGCUGUGAGGGAUUAUUAAGAUGCAGUAUUGUUGUUAGUGUAACCCAAGUGAAGCUGGUAAAACGGCUGGUGAAGGUUGGUUGUCCGAUGCCGGACAAAAGGUGCCUGUCGACGCUGUAAUACUAAUAUUACAGGAACGCACCUGCAUCGGGACUCAAUGAGAUUUUUCAUGUCAUAGUCAAGCAUUCUGCUGACAUGUUCAUUCAUUAGGUUCACGUUGGAGAAAACUGUAUAAAAUUAACUGUAGGUAGCUUUUAUGCAUAUGUAACUGUGGACCUCCUUAAUUGUGCAUCUCUUGACGUUUGAAUAGCUAAAUACAGUGGAACCUCCCUUAGCGGACACCUCUCUAUUAGGGACAACCUCUCUAUUAAGGACACUAGUUUUGGUCCCAAAUUGGUUGUUUCCAUUUAAUUUGACCUCUCUCAUCAGGUCACCUCUCUAUUAAGGACAGCACUUGUCAGUCCCAAGGGUGUCCUUAAUAGAGAGGUUCUACUGUAGUUACAAAAUAGAAUGCCAGCUUAGCCAAGGGCAUAGAAAUGAUCAGCUGAAUACUAUAGUUGUCGAGAUUAUUAACUCUUGAAAAUUAUUGAAGUGAGAUCUCGAAUGAUGUUUUUGCGAAAAUCUUAGGUACAGGGUUAAGGCGGUGAACAGUGUUUUGUUAAGCAGUUUUAGAGGCAGAUAUGCAUGGUAUCACAUUAAUUAAGUUAGAUUUGGCUACCAUGAAUGAAAUAGAAUUUUGUACAGUUUUGUAAUUUAGUAUUUUUUAUGAAUCAAGUACUGCGGAUUUUCUUCUAAGCAGUGUCACAUCUUACUGAAAUGUCCAUUCAAACAGUGAGUCAUCUUCCACAAAUAAAGAACUCGAGUAUUUCUUGGACGAUUAUGACUGUUUGAUUCUGGUCAUGACCAGUUUGUAAAGGUUUUGCUAUCAUCUCUGUGAUGUCAGCUGGUUCUGAUUUUGUACAUUGUGUAUUUUUCUGCAGCCUUUCUUUUCCACAGCAAGCUUUGCCAAAAGUUGUUAUUUUGACGGGCUUCUGCUGUCUUAUUUUCAAUAACUCCUCCUUUGAAAUCUACGAUAUAUACUCAUGGGGCCUUUUUGUUGUCAACUAGUUUUCUCCACAAAAAGUGGCGAAAAUGUGACCUCAUACAUUCUAGUUCCCUUGGAUAUCUUGAAGCUACAAGAGUUAAAAUUCACACAUUUCUGACGUGCUCAUCGCGAAAAUGAGGAGAUGAAUUUGUGAAUGUUAACCCAUGAUAUAUCGUGAUGGUGUUUGAAUAAUGGGUUGUUGUUUUCCUGUCUGUGAUCAUGCCAAACAUGUUCCAAGUGUCGAACUGUUAUAACCGCUUGUAGUAAACCUGACCAGUCUCACCCAUGACUUGUAUAGAUUGCUUUAUUUAAUAUUCACGCGGAUGCAAUAUUACAAUAACUCCGUCCAGUUUACGCCAUUCACUUACUCGUCUCACAUCAGUACCCUGUCUACAUGUGGUACAUGGUUUCCUAUCAUAUGAAUCGUUGAUAUCGUAUCAGAUUUUUGAGCAAUCUGGUUAUUCUUACAUUUCUUAUGUGCUUGUUACCAAAAUGGGCAGAUCAGUUCGUGAAUGUUGACUCUUGGUAUUAGAUCUGUAAAAAUCAUAUGUACAAAUUAGUCUUGUAUAUCGAUAAUGAUACAUGUAGGAUAGAUGUACCAUUGUUAAGUCUAGAUCAUUGUUCAUGACAACAUUGUUCAUUUUGGUUCAAAUCUUAGCUGGGAGGUGAUCAAGGAGGCAUCCUCCAUGCUCUGGGUGAUUCAGCCAUACCUCUAAAGGCUUUGGUCCUUUGUAAACAUGGUGGUCUACCGAUGGGCUCAACAAGGUCUCUGUCCAGCUCAUUUGCGAAGGUGUAUGACAGGACAGUGUUUGCUCUCACUGAAGGGUUGGGCGCCCUCUUGGAGUGUGUUAAUAAGACCAGUGUGACAAGUACAUGUAUAUGGUACAAUAAAGCAGUGCACAUUGAAACAAUAAGAUUUUGAUCAUCCAAUCAUUAAUCUGUCCAAACCUGUCGAUUUCUUUCACAGGGUAUGCAUGACAUUUGUUUAUCCAGUGACAUUUCCAUCCAUGACGUGAAGUUACUGUCGUUCUGUGCUAUACACUCAUGCAACAUUUUACAUGAUAUUAUUUUGAAAUCGUGUAAAGGCCAUAUUUCUAAGUGUGACUAGUUUAAUGAAUCGAUAUUCCCUCCAUUUUUCUCUUAUGUUUCUUGAUGAGAAGAACUUCAAUAAAUGACUUGCCUUCAUUUUCUCCAGACUUUUUCCACCUCAGUGGGAAGUUGUCUGUGAUAAAUUAUUGUCCUCCUACAAGGUCGAUAACAUUUUAAAAUGUAUUGUUGCCCUCCUACAAAUGUUGGUAAAUAUCUAAUUGUAAAUCCUGCAUAAUGUUGUGAAUCAAUGGAAACUGAUUGCAAAUGAUGAUGUAAUUUUUUGUCUCAAUUCAGAGACUUCAUUUUUUUCUCAAUUCUGAGAAACAAUUGAAAUUUUUGGCCUCUCGCUCCCUUCUUUAAUGUAAAUGUAAUGUUCCACUUAAAGAUUGACUGUUAAGAAUGUUUUAAAAGCUAAUUGCAUGGUCUGGCUUAUAAAAGCAUUGUGAGAUUUAACACGCUUUAGUAGUCCUUCUUACUCUACACCAAUAAUGCUUCAACUUCAGAUAAACAAUAUUUUUAGGGGACCAAGUUCCUUCGUUUUACCGCCAGGAGGAGAUGUUGACAUUACGGUCAGGUAUCAGUGAUGUUUCCAUGCUGAACCAACUAUACAGGAUAGAUCUGUUAUUCACACCUGGCUAAUAAGGACACCCUCUCUAUAAAGGACACAUGUUUUGGUCCCAGCUUUCAAUUCAAAAUGAUCUCUGGACAUCUGUGUAUCAAGGACAGAGUCAGUCAGUCACAAGGGUAGCCUUUAUGGAGGGGUUCUACUGUCCUACCAUGGCCUCCUCUGCAUUGGGACACAAUAAUUACAACGAUACAAAUUGUUUAUCAUUGUUUACUACUCUGUACCGAAUUCUAUUUGUAGUUUUCAAAAGGACAAUGUCAAGUGUAACGUCCUUUGACUGUUUUCUUUGCAUUCUGUGUUUCUGUAGGUUGCCUUCUCCAAAUGUGUAUAGUAAGCAGGUUUCUGCAGAAAAUCUUAUUUAUAUAAUAUGGUAAUAAAAGUAUUAGGAUA